UCGACCGAUUUCCAAAUCGUGAUAUAACUAUACUAUAUAAUUCUAUAUAAUUCUAUAUAUAUAUUGAUAACUAUAGUCAUAGCCAUAGUCAUAGUCAUUAAGAAUUAUAACCAUGUCAUGGGAAUCAACUUCCACAUUUUUGGUGGGUAAAAUUACCAAACCUUUCUUACCACUCGAUAAGAUUACAUCUUUAAAUUCUAUUCAUUACAGAAAUUUAUAUCCUGGAGAUGAAGUAUACAUUUUUGAAACUAAAAAUGAUAAAUGGGCUCGAGGUUAUGCGUUAACCAAACCAUUUCCUAAUGAUUUUACAAUCACUUCAGUUAAUUUAGAUGAUUUACCAGGAGUUAAUAUUAAUAUAGUUAUAUUCCCAUUAAAAUUUGUUCAUAUAACUAAAAGUAUCCCGUUUGAAAUUAUAAAAGUUCAUAAAGAAUUUAAUAAUAUUAUUGAUAAUGGCGAUACUGUUCCAUCACUUGAACAAUCUGAACAUGAAUAUAAAUCAGCUCUUAAUGGAGUAGUUGAUAAUCAUCAACCAUCAAAUAAUAAUUCACUUACCAAUGGGAAAUUAAUUUCAAAAUCAAUAAUACCAAUACCUUCAUUACCCAAUAAAAAGUUUGAUAUAGGAGAUAAUUUACAUGAUGAAGUUAAACAUGCAUUAGAAUUAUUAACUUAUCAUAUAUUUGCUUUAUAUUCAAUUGGAGAAUUUAGAUUAUAUCAUAAAUUAUCUGGUAUAUAUCAUAAUUUAAAUGAAACAAGAAUUAAAUUACUUAAUGAUUUAUUAACUAAGAGUGAAACUCAAACAGCUAAGGAAACUGUUACUUUCUUGUUAGAUAGAAUUCCUAAGAAAUUAGGUUCAAGAUCAGCUAGAUUAAAUGCAUUUUCUUAUGAUUUAGAUAAUGAAGAUACUGAUGCUUCAGGUUAUAAAGCUUUAUUAGCAAGAGAUCCAUUCACUGGACAAUUACUUAGUCAUGAGAAUUCUAUACCUUCAAUCGUAGCUCUUGAACAAGAAUUAGGUUCAUUAGAAUCAAAUUUCCCUAUUAAUGCUAAGGGUAAAAGUUAUUAUACUUUAGUACCUCCAUUAAAUAAAAAGUUAAUUGCUGAACCUCCUUCUCAUAUCUUAGUGGAUUUUAAAUCAGUUAGCGGAUCUUCAGCCUAUCAACCUCCCGGAUUUGUAGGAAUGACAGCUUAUUUAUAUAUUAGAAAUAGUAAAAAACGAUUAACUGAAGCAUUUGCUGUUCAUACCAAUUCAGUUGAUGAAUUAGUUCAAGUUGAAAAGAUUAGUGCAGCCUUAUUUAGAAAUAUUCCUCAUUCCGAAGUGGAAAAUAGUCGAAUUUAUUUGGCAGCUGUUUUGACUGAAGAAGUAGAAUUUAAAUCAAUGUCUACUCAUAUUAGAAGAGUUAAAAAGGGAGUAGCAGCAGGAGCAACUGAUAUUACUAGAGUGUUUUCUGGUACUAAAGGUUCCUUGGCUUCGGGAGAAUCUCAUCAAUUUUCAAUUAAAUUAUUUGGUUCUUAUAUAAGUACUAAAAAGGGCCCAUCAGAUAAUUCUGGUUGGGGUGAAUUAGUUGAUAGAAUUAUUUCUGGAUCUGAUUUAGGUAUUGCCGUUAAUCCUCGAGCUGAGAAAUUAACCGUAACCUUAAAGGAAUUUAAGCAUCAAUUUGCUUCUGGAGGUAAUCAAAUAACCAGUUUAUCAGCUACACCAAUUUCAAGAAUUAGACCUAUAUUCUUUGAUCCAUUAGCGGAAAAUUAUGAAAGACUUUAUUUAUCAUUAGGUAAAGUUGUACCAUUAAAUGGAAUUAAUAAAGAUGAUUUAUUAACGUUUGAAAUCACUACUCCCAACAAUGAAUUAAUUACUUUUGCUAAGGCAUCUAAUCAACAAGAAAAGAGAUCUUGGCAAUUUAUAUCAGUGUUUGCUAAUGAAUCAAUUGGAGAAAUCGUUAAAAUCAAUGGAGUUUCAUUAAAGAAUCCCUCGAAAAAGAAGGGUCCUAAGGAGGAUUUUAUUCAAUUAUCAUUAUAUAUUAAUGGGAUCUUAGGGGGAGAGGGGAAACUCUUAUAUAAAUCAGGCAAUCGAUUAGUAGAAUUUAACAAACGUAAAGCUCAUACGGUAGAGAUUAUGUCAUUGAAUUAUAAAUUAUCAAUGGCCAGUGUUGAAAUUGGAACUGAAUAUGUGGGGAAAAUAUACAAUUCGGAUAUUUCAAUUGAAAAUAUCUUUCAAUUCGAACGAUUCUUUAGUACUCAACUUCAAGAAGAAUUAUCAUUAUCAUUAGUACAAUUUUGUAAAUUGGAUAUAUCACAAUUAGUUAAAUAUUUCCCCGAGUUAUUGAGUUCCUUAUAUGGAAUUAUUAAUUAUAUUAAACAAGAUGGUUAUUCAUCAGAUUAUGAUGAAUUACUUGAUAAUACUUUUAAAGCUAUUAUUCAUUUAUUAGAUACUAUUUUUGGAAAACAAGAACAAUACUUAUACCUUGUGGAUAAUUUCCUUCAUAAGUAUCCUUCAUUACCGAGAAUUGGAGUUUACUUAAUUAAUAAGAUUUCUCAUAUAAUUUCAAAUGCUGAAACUAAUUGGAAUGUUACUUCUCGUUCAUUAUGUAGAAUUGUUUCAAUUCUAUUAAAAUUGGCUCUUAAUUCAAUUGAUAGUAUUGAUGAAUAUACUAAAUCUUUAAAUCAAUUAUUUACUUCAGCAACAAUCUUUCUUGCCUUAGAUUCCACUACUUUAGUUAAUGAUCAAGUCCUUAUAAUGGAAGUUAUUGAUUAUGUAUUAUCUUAUAAGGCUAAUAUUAAUGAAGAAAUUAUAUUUGGAUAUAUUGCUAAAUUCAUUGAUUCAAUUGGUACUAGAGGUCUAGGACUUAAUGAAGAAGGUCAUGCACAAAUUAAAGAUCAUAAGAUCAUUAUCAAUAAGAUGCUUUUGGUUCAUCGACUCUUUAAUAGUUUCUUAAUUCACAAUUCCGCUACGGCUAAGACCCUCACAUCCAAGGCAAUUGAAUGGUCAUUAGAAGUGUUAUUGGGGGCCACUGACAUUGAUGCUUCCCGAUUAGCACUAACUGUAUUCAAUGCAGCAUGUACUCAAUUAUAUUCUAGUGCUAAUGCUAGUGCUAAUACUAAUAGUUUAGAUACUUCUGCCUAUUCACUAACUUUACUUCUACCAUCAAUUGCAAGAACCAUUGUGAAAUACAAUAAAUUCACAAGAGGUAAUGAAUUCUUUAAACCAAAAAGAACAUUCACCAGACUAUUCCCCCUGGAAUUCCCAUUUAAGGAAUCAUCUAAUGAUCCUAUAGUUAAUGAUGAAUCCUUAGUAGAAAUCUUAGUAGAAUUAGCUUCAGUAUUUGUAUUUAUUGGUAGAAUUGCUAAAGCCAAUAGAAUUGAAAUUAAAGAUUCGGAUUUAACCCUGGAGAAUAUCGUAACUAUAUUGACUGCCAUUAAAUUAAUUAGACAAGGUGGGUUCUUUCCAGAGAGGAAAUGGCUUUCGUUAUAUGCAAUAUUUAUAGAAGGUAAUGUAACUAUACUUGAAUUAAUUCAUCCAUUACUUAUUAGACAAUAUAUUCCACCUAUUGAAAAAUCUGAUAAUUUCGAUAGAACCAUAUGGGGAGUAUAUUUUAAGAAUUUAUUAAAAUUGGCCGUAUUACAACCAGUUUCAAUUGAACAUUUAACUGACAUACCUAAAAAGGCAACUGGACAAAUUACUGGAACAGUUAGAGAUCGGAUAUCUUUAUUAUUAAAUGAAGCUUGGGAUGCGUUAGCAUGGGAUUCAACUAAUGAAGAUAUAGUACGAUUUAAUUUAAAGAAAUUCGGGGGUUAUCAAGUAGAAUAUAUUGCAAAUGAAUAUGGAAUUAUACCGGAUUUAAUGUUAUUUGCUCUCCAAAAGAAUAAAGCUUGUCAAGUAGUAAGUGUUAAAAUCUUAUGGUCUUUACUUAUAUCGGAAUAUUUAGUUAAUGAUGGAUCUAUUGAUAUAAUUGAACGGGAAGCAUUUAUUGGAUUACAUGAUAUUUAUACUAGAAAUGGUUAUAAACCUACUCCAUUUGAACAAACUAGUUUAAUCAAUAGAUUGAAAGCCACUAUCCGAAUCGAUAGAGAAGAUGAAGCGUUUAAUGUAAUCUAUAAUUUCAUCCUUAAUUUAUCAGGAUUCUUAGAAGUAUUAAAUGAUUUAGUUAAAGUUCCUAUUGGACCAGAAUUCGAUGAUGAAAGAACUUUCCAUAAAUUAAAUAUUAAUUCAUAUUUGAAAAAACCCGAAAUAUUUAAUUCAUUUAUUAAUUCAAUGUAUGAAGAAAAUCUUUCCAAGGAAGAUUAUAUUCAAGCAGCUUUAAGUUUAGAAUUAUUAGCAUCCACUUAUGCUUGGGAUCAUCAUACUAUUUUAAGUGCAUCUAUUAAACCUAAAUUUCCUGAACAAUCAGCAUUUGAAAGGAAAGAUGCACUUUAUAAAAUGAUUGCUGGUAAUUUUAUUAAGGGUAAUAGUCUUGAAAGAGCUGCGGAUAUUUAUAAUGAAUUAUUAGAUGCUUAUCAUGAAAAUACUUUUGAUUUAAAGAGUCUUUCAUUUGCUCAUGGCAAAUUAUCUAAAUUAUAUUUAGAUUUAGAAUCUUCAGAUAAAUUAAUGUCUUCAUACUUUAGAGUAGCAUUUAUUGGAUCAGGAUUCCCAGUAGAUAUUAGAGGUAAAGAACAAAUUUAUGAAGGUUUACCAUUUGAACAUAUUACAUCUAUUCAUGAAAGAUUAUUAAAAUUAUAUCCUGGAGCUAGAAUUAUUACUAAUGAUGAAGAAGCUCAAAAACUUGAAGAAAGAAUUCCAACAGGUAGAUAUUUACAUGUAACAACCAUUGAACCAAUUAAUGAAAUAUCUGAUAAAUUAUUUAAUCAAUCAAUUGGAGCUAGAAAGUAUGCCAGAAAUAAAGAUUUAAGAUUUUUCUCAACUAUGAGAAAACUUCCUGGUUAUACUUCAGCUUAUGAUUUAUGGACAGAAGAAACAACUUAUGAAACUUACCUUUCAUUCCCUACAUUAAUGAAUAGAAGUGAUAUAAAAUCUACAAAGACUGUUAAAUUAUCACCAUUAGAAAAUGCCAUUAGAACCAUUAUUAAUAAAAAUAAUGAUCUUAUUCAAUUAGAAAGUUCAAUAAAUCAAGCUAUAAAGGAAAAAUUAAAUUAUGAUUCAUAUUUUAAUGAUUUAUCUAGACAAUUAACUGGUACAGUUGAUUCACCAGUUAAUGGAGGGAUUGGACAAUAUAGAAAGUUUUUUGAACAAGGUAAUGAUUAUCAAGUUGAAUCAGUUCGAUUAUUAAGAAAUGUUUUUGAUGAUUUAGCAUUAAUUAUUAAUCGUUGUUUAAUUUUACAUGGUAAACUUGUACCUCUGACAAUGAAAUUAAGUCAUGAAGCAUUAAUUGAUCUUUUCAAAAAGAAUUUUAAAGAAGAAAUUGAUAGUUUAGGUAUUAUACCUGAAUCAGUUCAUCCAACAAUAUCUACUACGUUUGGUUCUCAACUGAAUAGUUCACGUUCUGUUCUGACGGCUUCAACUAAUGGUAGUGGAAGUGGAAGUGGUAGUGGAAGUAUGCUUAUAAUGAAUCCAAAAUUCAAUAUUAAUGGUUACAGUAAUGGAUUAACAUUUCCAUCAUCAAAUGGAUCAAAAAUGCAUAGAUCAACAUCUUCAGCAUCUUCGAGUGCUUCUGACUUUUCUUACGAUAAGCAUUCCGAUCAAGCUCGGAUGAGUACGGCUACAAAGAGAAAUGCUUUGAAUUGGAGAAGACAAUAGUUGAAUUACAUAAUUAACUAAUUACAUAAUUUACUAGUAAAACAAUAACCAAUCACACUAUAUAUUGUACAUACUUAAUACAGAGUUACU